AUGUACCGAGAUCGUACAAAUUAUUUGUUGAUUCAACUUGUUCAGAAUCACAUCAGUGUGUACUCCCCGCAUUCCGCUUUCGACUCGGUCAAUGGUGGAAUAAAUGAUUGGCUUUCUUCUACUUUACAAAGUCUUCCGUCUUCUCCAUUAAAAGUACCACCACACACUCUUCCAAUCACUCCUGGUAAAUUCCAAAAGAUUUCUAUUGGCGCAGGCAGACUUCUCACAUUCGACGACAAAAUUUCUUUUGAUGAUCUCCUCGCUGUUUCAAAGAAGUUUUUGAACGCACCUUUGCGAUAUACAAAGCUUUCUAAUUUCGAUAAAGUCAAAACAGUGGCGAUUUGUUGUGGCAGUGGUGGAUCACUGUUUAAGAAUGGUUGUGCGGAUGUUGUGUUUACAGGAGAGAUGGGUCAUCAUGAAGUUUUGGAACAUUUGAAUUUGGGGGCUAUACACCGUUAUAUAAUAAUAUAUAUAAUAUAA